UAUCCGUUGUGUGAACCCCGCUUUGACAUAAGGUUCUCGUGGUGAUAUUACUGCCCGCCUUCAACGCUGAUUCUCAGACCAGGGCCAAUUGCCCAACCAUUAUCCGUCACAUCAUAGCAAACCAUCAUAAAAUUCAGACUCAGACAUAAUGGCCAACGCGGGAUCGCGGCGCGAGUACGAGACGUUUCCGGCGUCGCAGGUGACGGACGCCAUGCUUGAGCAGGCGGCGGCCCUCUUCAGCGAAAACUACGGCACCUGGGGCGCCAAGGCGGAGCAGCCGGGCAAGCCAGUGACGAUGACGGCGCACCGACUGCGAGAUGAGUUCAUGCCGCCCGGCGCCGACGUAUCGUACACGCGCGUCAAGGUCGACGGGCAGCCGGCAGGUCACGCACUGGCGUGCCGCUGGAAGCACGGCGGGCAAACAGUAUGUUGGAUCACGCAGCUCGUCGUCGAUAAGCGCUUCCGCACGCAUGGGCUGGCACGUGGGCUGCUGACCACGCUGCGCGAGCAUUCCGAUGAUGUGUACGGGCUGGCGAGCUCCAACCCGGUCGAGUGCCUGGCCGCGGCGAGCUCGUUUGGAUCACACAUACAGCUCCUGUCGCUAGACUACGUCAAGAACAUGGCAGAGGCCGUGAUGAAAUCGUCGCCCAUCCCUUACGUCCGCGAUGCCAAGCUAUGUGGCAAGCUUUUCGGCGACUCGUCAAAUGGCCUCGUGGCGGGCAUCAACUCACAAUUUUAUAUCGACCACGCCGAGCCCAUGCAGGCGCUCGAGGAGAUUAAGAAGCACUGGGACUGGCCGCUAGGUGACUUGCCCGACGGGUGUGAGUAUCUAGUAGUGAUGCCAAGUACGCGCGUCCGCCGACAUUAAGCUGCGGUAAAUAUCAUGAGUCGUACUAUUAGCAAAGGAAGAAAACUGUCGCCGCAAAGGAGU